GUCUAAUUUUUAUUAUCAAACGUGAUGAUUACAAUAUUACAAGAAAAUAUUUGUUUAAAAACAAUUGUUUUAUUUGAAAAUUUAUAAUGUCAUCAUUGUCAAUGUAUUUUUGACAAUGUUCAUCAAGUGUUGAAUAAUAAUGUUGACAAUAAUUGCCAAUUUUUUGUGAUACCGGUGUACAAACAAUAACAUUCCUUUGUGUCUCAUAAAUAAUUUUAAAAACUAAAAAAAAAACUGACAAUUUAUUAAUAAUAAAAAACAACAACAAUGACGAAUCAUUCUCAACAUAUAUUAUUUUGUCUAAACAAAGCUAAAUCUACAAAAAUAACAGAAAAAAAAGAAGGAGUCCAAGAAUUACGAGGAAUAUUUGACAAUAAAUCUGUUGUUGAUGAAAUAACAAAAAAUUCAGAAAAUCGAAAUGACAUUACUUGGAAUAAAAUGCUUAGUUAUUGUCACACAAUUCUCAUUGAUGAUAUAUGCCAGCCAGCAUCAAGAAGUAAAAAAAUAGCAAUGGAACUUCAUGGUGAACUAAGUUGGUUCAUCAGUGAAACAGUUAAAUUAGCAAGUACCCAAAAAAUUGUUUAUCUUAAAAUAGAAGAUUUAAUGACAUUUAUAAUUCAAGUAUUAAGUGAUGAUAUUUAUGAUUUAUGUUAUCCACUUUAUAUGGAUAUACUUGUAAAUACAGUAUUGGCAAAUCGUCUUUAUAGAAAUAAUUUGAGCCUAGAACACUGGCAAGAGCUCAUAAAAAUAUAUAAAAAUUUAUAUAUUAAAAAAGAUUUAACAGAUAAACCAAUGAUACUAUCAGUAUUACGUAAAAUUAUACAAUAUGGUUGUCGUCAAACAAAUCUUGUUGCUCAUGUUAAUAAUAUAUUGCCAUUUUUAAAAAUUGUAUUUAAUGAAGCUGAACGUUAUCCAAAAAUACUUGAAGACAAUGCAUAUGAAUUGGCUGUUGUUGUAUUUCAAGAAAUAAGUACUGAAUGUCGUCAAUCACUUUGUAAAUUUAGUGAAACAUUUCCAACGUCAUUAAUAACAUCAUCAAAUAACUCAAAAUCAAAAACAAAACUAUUACUUUAUUUUGUUAUUUUACAUCAUCCAAAUGGUGCACAAGUAGAUGAUAAAUUUUUUUAUACUGAUGAUAUUGAUAAUUGGAAAAAAAUAAUAUUUACAAUACGUAAUUUUAUAUUAAAAGAAAAAAAAAAUUCAUUAUUAUCAUCAAGUUUUAUAUCACUUGGUGUUGAAAUAUUUAAACAAAUAUUAUCUGAACAAUUAAUAAAUAAUGAUUCACAAAUUGAUAAUGAUAUUGAUAUGUCACAAAAAGCUAAAAGACGUAGAGUAUCAUUAAAUUUUCAAACACCAAUUGAUUUAUUAAAUUAUGAAUAUGAUAUUAAAUAUCGUUUACCAAUUGUACAAAUAUUAACAUCAAUGUUUGUUAAAUAUCCACAUGUGUUAAAAGAUAAUUAUCUGCCAAAUUUAUUAAAAAUAAUAUAUGAAAUGUUUAUUGAAUCAAUUAAAAAUGAAGAUAUGAUUAAUAGUCUUUGUCAGCUUUCUUCAAUAAUCAUUAACAUUGAAAAUAAAUAUUUUAAUAAAUCAAUUAAUUACACAGUUAAUUGUCAAUAUUGGAAUAAAAUAUGGGAUGUGCUAUUAAAAAUACUUGGUAUGAAUCAAAAUGAAAUUGAAGCACAUAAAUUAUUACAAUAUUUAAUUGAAUUUAAAGGUGUACAAAAUUUAAAUGCAUUUGUUAAUUUAUAUUUUACAAAUUCAAUUAGAUGGUUACCAUCAAGUAUUCGUACGUUAUUGAUACUCGUUGAAAAUUUUACAAUAACAGAAAAUAUUGAGACAAGUAAUCACUCUGAUGAAUCAGAUAAAAAACGUAUAUUAAAAUGGAUAUUACAUGGUAGUAAUAAAGAAAUUAUUGAUAAACAAACAAUAAAUAAUAUAUGUGAUAUUGUCAUUGGUUUGAUACAUAAAAUUUAUACAAAAAAAAGUGAUAAAAAUGAUGAUAAACUGUAUGAAAAACAUCAUGAAUUUUCACAUUUAAAUGACAAUGAAAUAAAAAGUGUUUGUGUUAUUGAAAAAUGUGCAUUAUCACAAUGUUUUUCAUCAAAUUUAUUUAUAAAAAAUACAAAUACCGUUAAUGAUGAAGAUAAAAAAUCAUUAUCAACAUUAACAGAUGAAAAUUUGGAUUAUGUUAUUGAUAUUUUACAUAAAUUAAUUGAUUUUAAAAAUAAUCCAAUUGAUGAUAAAGUAUUGGCAAUAUAUAAGCUAACAAUAUUUGCAAAAUUUACAUCAAAUUUAAUUGAAUUAAAUAUUGAAAGUGCUAAUGAUAAAAUUGAAAAAUUAAUAAAUUCAUUUGACGUUGCAUUUAAUAAUUUUUGGCAAUUAAUAUUGAAUGAAAAUUCAUUUGACGGUUCAAAUUCAAAUAUUAUAAAUAUUUUAAAAUCAUUAAUUAUACUUUAUGAUAAUAAUUAUCAUGAAUUGAUUGGUGAUAAAUUAUUGUCAUCAUUACCAGGGGAAAUAUUGAGAAUAUUAUUUUCAAUGUUAACAGCUGGACUUCAAAUAGCUGAUGAAUCAAGUGAAUUUCAAUAUAUUGGAAUGAAAUUUUAUGAUAAUAUUUAUGAAUUGCAUGCUUGUUGUUCAUCGAAAGAUAAAAAAUCUCGUAUUUAUCCAAAAGAAAUAUCAGAAAAUACAAUAAUAACAAUACAAAUUCAUCAAUUGUUGAUUAAAAUUUGUACUUUUGAAACGAGUAAUAUCAUAACAACAAGACAAAUUAAAAUUUUAAAUAAUUUAUUGAUUAUUGGAGUUUAUAAGCCAAAUAAAUUUGGUAAUUUAUGGAAUGCACUUGGUCUAUUAAAAGAAAUAAUGAAAUGUAAAAAUACAUUUUUACCAGAAAAUAUUUACACAGAAAUUGAAAUAUUCAUUAAUGAAUUAUUUAAACAAUGGAAAGAUGAUGUAUUUGCAAUUGAAGGUAUACUAAAAAUAUUACCAACAUUCAUUGAUAAAAUAAAUAAAAAUACAGCUAAAAAUAAUGAUGAUAACUUUUUAAAUAUUUUCAACGAAAUUGAUAAUAUUAUAACACGUAAUGAUCUUGGAACAAAAACACAAAUAACAUUUAUAAAAACAAUAUAUAAAACAAUGAAAAUAUAUUCUUCAUCAACUUUAAAAUACAUUGUAUUAAAUUUAAUGAAAAAUUAUUUAACAAGUCAAUUAAAUAUUGUGAGAAUUGAAACUUUGCCAUUGUUACAUUAUUUAUUUUCAUCAGAUACAAUAACAAUUGAUGAAAAAACAAAUUUGUUUAAUAAAAUAUUAGAUAUACUAGAUGUAAUAUUUGAAGUUGAUGAAAAUAUUGAUGAUGAUAGAAUUAAAGAUGAAAAAAUAUCAAGAACUUCAUGUGCUUUUUUAAUGCUUGGUUGUAUAAUAAAUGCAUCUGGUGUAUUUCAAUCAAGAGCAUUAAAUACUCUAAUGACAUUGAAUCAGUUGAAGAUAAAAAAUAAAAAAAUGCUUGUAAAUAUAAUAUCAUCUGUAUUUAAUAAUAAAGAAGAACAGUUGAAUUUAGUUGAAAACAAUCUCUAUCAUAUACUAGAAUCAUGGAUUGAAAAAGAGUUAAAUUUUAAGGAAUUUCCAUGGUACUUAACAAGAUGCCAAAAUGAAAAUGAAUUUUUUUUAAAAUACGCUGGUUUAAUUGUUUUAAUACAAUUGGAAGAUUUAAAUUUCGAAAGUAUUCGUAUACUUUGUGAUAAUUUAUCAAUAAAUUUCGAAAAAGUAAUUGAAGAUAAUUUUCAUUUAAUUCUAAAUUGGCUACUAGCAACAAUGUCAUUAAAAAGCAAUAAACAAAAAAUGAAAUAUGCUGAAGAGCUAUUUAUUCAGCUGAAAAAUAAUACAAAUGAUUUUUUAAAUGUUAAAAUAUUUGGUGAUUUACUUGAUGAUGUAUUUGAUAAAAUAUUAAUUGAUUUAUUUCAACGUUUACAUGAUGAAAAACAUUUCGAAAAUAUAUACUCAAUAAAUAUAUCAUUUCCACAAAUGAUUGUACCAAAUUAUAAAAUUGAUAUUAUUGAACGUUCAAUUCAUUAUUUAACUAAAAUAACAACUGAAAAAAAAUCAUUAAUUGAAUAUCUUGUUAUUGAAAGACCAAAUAUAAUACAGCAAGUAUUUUUAACACUUGUUAAAAAUAUUUAUAAUCAAAAAAUGAUUGAAUAUAAGCUAAAAUCAUUUCAUCAUUAUUCAUAUUUUUGUCAAUUUUUAAUUGACGAAAUAUCAAAUGAUUAUUUUAAUAAUAUUGCAGUGUUUACAUUACGUGAAAUUAUUUAUACACUUAUUCAUUUAAUACAAGAUAAUAUUAAACCAAUAUCUGAAUUAUCUGGUAAAUUGUUAUUAACAAUUCUACAACUAUCAUUACCAUCGAGAUACAAUGAAAUAUCUGAUUUUUUAAAUUUUAUUGUAUCAAGUUUAAUUCCAAUAGCACGUCAAAAUAACAUUAAAGGUAUUAUUAAAAUUUUAAAUUAUUUAAUUGUCCAAUCAAAAGAUUUACUAACUGAUGCAAUACGUAAACUUGAUGCAUUUCCAAAUGAAUUAAUAUUUGAUGAUAUUAAUAAUACAUGGAAUGAAUUAAAAGACAUUGAGGGAAAAAAUCAAAAUUUAAGUGAUAAAAUUCAACAUUUUUUAAAUGUAUUUCAUGAAAAUAAUGUCAAUUGUAGUCUUGAAGGUAUAUUACAUUUGAAAAAUGAAUUAUUAAAUAGAAGAGAUGAAUUAAAAAUUAUGUACAAUGAUCUUGAUAACAUACGUGGAUUUGCUGAAGAUUGUAUAUCAAGUAAAAUUCAUAGAUUAAUUUAUCACUUGAUUAAAUUAACUGAAUCAAGUGAUUUAAAUAUUUCACUUGAAGCAGCACAGUGUCUUGGUAUACUUGGACCAGUUGAUUUAACAACAAUGAUUUUACAUUCUGAAGAAGGACAUGUACAAGAAAAUUUUGAUACAUUAAUUUCAUUGACAUUAAAAAUUAUUAAAAUAUUAUCGCAUUAUUUGGUUGAUAAUUGUCAAGAAUAUCGUGAAAAAAGUGCCAUUGUUCUUUAUGAUAUUUAUCAUUCAUUUUGGGGUAAUGAAUUGUGUCAAAUGCAUCCAAAAAAUUUUUCGAAAUAUGGUGAUGUUAAAGAAAUAAAAUUACUAUUGAGCUAUACUCAUCCAUUUAUACCAUUAAAAAUUGAUAGAAAAAAAUCAAAAAAACCUACAAUACUUGUUGAUAAAUUUAAAAUAGUAUUUAAUGAAAAUAAUGAAUAUUGGAAAGGUGAAAACGAUGAAUCAUAUUCCACAUGGAUUAAAAAUUUAACAUGUCAAAUAUUAAAUUGUUUUAAAGAUUUAUUUUCCAAUUCAUUAAUUGAUUUUUGUAAAUUGAGUCAUGAAAUUUGUGAGACAAUAAUACCAAGAAUAAUAUUUAUAAUAAUUGAGCUGAAUAAUAAUUUAACAAUCGACAUAUGCACAUCAUUAAAUAUAUUUUUUGAAGAAUUUUAUAAUAGUACAUGUACAGCUGAACAAACAAUGUUACUAUCAACAUGUCAAUUAACAAAAAAUAAUAAUUUUAGUCAUGAAUCAGUCAAGUGUAUGCUUAAUAUUGUAAAUUAUUUACGAAUUCAAUCUGGUAAUAAUUAUCAAUCAUUAUUAAAUUAUUUACAUAUAUCAAAAGCAGCACAAUAUUGUUCAGCUUAUUUUACAUCAGUAUUAUAUGCUGAAUUAUCAUCUGAAAUAUUAAAAAAUCAAAUUAAAUAUAUACCAGAUGAUGAUGAUUCCAAAUCAAUAAUUGAUUAUUUAUGUGAAAAAAAACCAAAAGAAGGUAAAUUAUUACAAGAUAUAUUACGUGAGGCAUUUAUUAAAAUUGGUGAUCCAGAUUCAAUACACGGUUGUGGUUCAUCAUAUCUCAAAGAACAAUCAUCAAGAAUUCAACAUUAUAUACAUUUUAAAGAAUGGGAAAAAGUUUUAAUAACACAAGAUGUUGAUUUAAGCUGUGGACAAACAUACUCACGUGGUAUGGCAAAUACACUACAAAAUUUAGGUCUUGAUUAUUUGUUAAAUAAAUUUAUAUCAACUGUUAAAAAAGACAAUGAUAAUAUUGAUGAUUAUAUUUAUAAUACAGCAUGGAGAUUAAGUGAUUGGAGUAUAUUUAAACAAAAUGAAUAUAAUAAUAAAUCUAUUAAAAAUAAUGAUUAUGAUUAUUAUCAUUAUCAAUCAUUAAAAUGUUUAAAUGAUAAAGAUUUAUUUGGUCUUGAUGAUGCUGUUACAAAUGCAAGAAUAAGUGUUAUUAAUUCAUUGAAAAAUACAAGUUUAGAAUGUAGUCAAACAGUUUAUCCAAUAUUAUUAAAAUUAAAAAUGUUACAAGAAAUUCAAGAAUUUGGUAAAUCAUCAGUUGAUGAAUGGAAAACAAUUGUCAAUGAUUUUCGUUUACAAGAUCUUGGUAAUAUCAAUGAUUUUACAUAUAUUGAACCAAUUUUAACACAAAGAAUUGUCAUGUAUAAUAUUAAAAAUAAACUUGAUAUAUCAAAUGACAUUAAAGAUGCAUUUUUCAAUACACAUCUUGAAUUAUCAAUAAUUGGUGAAAAACAAGGAUACUUGCAUAUUGCUGCAAGAACAUUAGAAUUACUUGGAAGACAAGAAAAUUUAUCAAGUGAAAUUAAAGAUAAAUUAAAUUAUCAAGAAGCAUUAUUAUCAUGGAGACGUGGUGAUCAAAAUAUUGCAAAAUAUUUAAUGAAAAAUUUAAUAUGUAAUGAAAGCAUAAAUAUUCGUUUAAAGGCACAAUGUUUAAAAAUAUAUGGUGAUUGGGUUGCUGAAACAAAAUCCGAAACUCAUGAAGAAAUUAUUAAUAAAUAUUAUAAAAAAUCAAUGGAUAUUAUUAAAAAUAUGGAAAUAAAAAAUUCAAAUGAUUGGGAUAAUUUAUAUGAUACAUAUGCAUCAUUAGCAAUAUUUUCCGAUACACAUUAUCAACAAAUAUCUGAAUUUAUGAAAACUCCAAUGUUUAAAAGUCUUCAAAAAACAGCAUUAUUUGCAAGAGAUGAAUCUGAUAAUCCACAAGUUAAUAAUAAAAUUAAAGAUAAAGAUAUUAGACGUGCAUUAUGUACAAAUCAAAUUCAAAAAACAAAUGACAUUGCAGAAUUUGAAAAAAUACAACAAGAACAAUUAAUGUAUUUACAAUUAUCAAUUGAAUAUUAUUUAAUAACACUUGUUAAAUGUGAAAAACACAAUCAUUUGAUAUUUAGAUUAAUAUCAUUAUGGAUUAAAAAUCAUGAAAAUGAAGAUUUAAAUAAUUUAAUUGAUCAAUAUAUUGAUAAUAUAAGUACACAUAAAUUUAUAUCACUAUUACCACAGCUAUCACCACAUAUAAGUUUAGAAUCAAACAACUUUACAAUUAAAAUUAAUUCAUUAUUAAAACGUUGUGCAUUAGAACAUCCACAUCAUGUAUUACCAGUACUUUUAUGUCUUGGUAAUCGUGAUAAAGAUAAAUUAUAUCAAGAUCCAUCAAUAGCUAAAAAAUCACAAGUACCAGAUAAAUGUGUACGUGGUGCUUUAACACUUGUAAAUGAUCUUAAAAAAACAAAUAUAAAUUUAAUGAUUAAUGAAUACAAUGAAAUAAUGAAUGCUUUAAUUGAACUUGCAUAUUAUCAAUUUGAUCCGAAAAAAAGUCAAACACGUAUACCAUUGAAAUUUAAAAUACAUAAAAUACGUAGUUAUGAAAAUAGUAUGGUACCAACAAUGACACUUGAUGUUAAUCCAAAUGGUAAUUAUAAUAAUAUAAUUUGUGUUGAUAAAUAUAUUGAUACAUUUGAAUCACUUGGUGGUAUAAAUGCACCUAAAAAAAUUAUAUGUAUUGGUAGUGAUGGUGUACGACGUUAUCAAGUUGUUAAAGUUGAUUCUGAUAUUAAAACAGAUGCUGUUAUGCAACAAGCAUUUAAUGUUAUUAAUACAUUAUUUAAAAAAAGUAAAAAUACAAAUAAACGUAAACUUCAUAUACGUACAUAUAAAGUUAUGUUGUUGUCACAAAAAUCUGGUAUUUUACAAUGGUGUGAUAAUACAUUACCAUUGUCAUCAAUAUUAGUUGGUGAUAAAAAUAAUAUUGGCUUGCAUAAAAAAUAUAAUCCAAAAGAUUGGGAUGCAUCUGAAUGUAGACAAAAAAUUGGUGAUGCACGUAAUGAGCCAAACUCAGUUAAAUUAGAAGUAUAUAAAAAUUGUUGUAAAAAUUUUAAGCCAGCAUUUCAGUAUUUUUUUUUGGAAAAAUUUCCAUCACCAGAAACAUGGUUUGAGCGUCGUUUGGCAUAUGUUAGAAGUAUUGCAACAACAAGUAUGGUUGGUUAUAUAUUGGGUAUUGGUGAUCGUCAUGUUAGUAAUAUAUUAAUUGAUGAAAAUACUGCUGAAAUAGUACAUAUUGAUUUUGGUAUUGCAUUUGAACAAGGUAAAGCAUUACCAAUUCCAGAACCAGUACCAUUUCGUUUAACAAGAGAUAUUGAAGCAGCAAUGGGUGUAUCUGGUGUUGAAGGUGUAUUAAGAAGAACAUGUGAAGAAACAAUGACUGUAUUACGUGAUCGUAGAGAAAUGAUUAAUACAUUACUUCAAGUGCUACUUUAUGAUCCACUUUUUACAUGGACUGUAUCACCACAAAAAGCUAAUCAAAUGCAAGGUGGUGGUGGUGGACAACGUAGAGAUGUUGUUGCUGAUAUUAGUGAUGAAGAUACAAAAAAAGAAAAUGAUUUAGCUAAAAAAUCAUUACUAAGAAUGGAACAAAAAUUACUUGGUACUGAAGAAGGUAUUGCAACGAGUAUCAGUGGACAAGUUGAUAGACUUAUUCAACAAGCAAGAAAUCCUGCUAAUUUAGCUGUUAUUUUUAGUGGUUGGCAAGCUCAUUUAUAAUUUUAUUAUUUUAUACAUUUUUUUAUACUUUUAUAAGAAG